AGUACAGCUAAAUAUCAUUGUAAAUAUUGCGAUAUAACCAUAAACGACGACGCACCGGUAAAGUAUAUUAGUUAAAGAAAUGGAUGCCUAAUAUCGUUAUAGUCACGUGCACAGCAUGAGAAUGGAUUGAAGCAUAAAGGAAAUAAAGAUAAGUUCAUCAGAAAUAUCUAUAAGAGAUCACAGCAAGAUCAGAAAGAUAGAGCGUUUGAAGAGCGUGAAUUGAGGAGAUUAGAGGGUGUAUGUGGAGGUGUCAUAAAUAUCAUCGUCAUAUUAACGCAUAUCUAUAGAUUGGCGGUGCUGCCAGUUCGAAAGAAACAGCGACGGGAUUAAAAAGUAGCGCCAAUAAACCGCCUACUAACAAAAGGGUUACAACUAAUAGAGAUCCAUAUGCAAAUUACUCCACCGCCAAAUCUCUGGGAUAUGAAGACGUACCUGUUACCCAGGAACCUACAACUGCACAGCAGGAAGCGAUCGUGGGUGGAUGGGAGGAAGUCGUCAUCGCACCAGCGGUGCAUAAGCGACCUCCAUCACCUCCACCUAACGUAGAAAAGGAGCCAGAUCUGAACAGCGUUAGGGGUACACCAACAAGUGAUAUAUACAUACCAGGCGACAACAAGAAUAAAGAGGAUAAAACAGAAAUAAAAUUUAAAAAGCGUAGAGUUAAAAAAUAAAAAUUACCCAAUCCGUAAAUAAUCAAUUAAAUUGUCUACCCAAGAUAGUCAGUCACUCUCUCGUCAAUAAACCACCAAAAUGAAAGAAAAUGACAUAAAUUAUAUCAAUGUACCAUUUUAUCAGCCGAAUAAAGGGAGUUUAUUAACAAAUAUAAUUAUAUUCGUUGAAAUAUUAUUCAAUCAGCAGUCUCAGCCAUCGACAAAGCAACUCAGAGUUUUAUUUGGUAAUUUACCCGUUGCCACAAAAGUAAAAAGACUAGAAUUUAAAGACUUUUAUAAUCUUGGAUUAAACCCUUCCAACUAUAACGGCAAUUUAUGCGUUACUGCUCAAGCUCCACCUUUUGAACAAACCCAAUGGUUAUCACAAAGGGUUCCCUUGAUUUUACAAGCGCUGGAUAAUAAUGAUAUAAUUGAUAGCUUAGAGUUUGGUUACUUCGAUUACGUCUCGACAUCACCUACAGCAGCAAAUUACGCAUCUUAUAUUCCAUCUAUACAGGAUGAAACGCCUCAAACGUCAACUUCUUAUCAGUCAUUUGCAAUGCCAACAGUAGAUCAACAACCAUUGAGCCCUACUAUUGUUCAAACUAAGAGCCCAGUGAUUACACAACCAACCCAACCCCUUACACAAUCAAUUCAACCACCAUUGCAUCAAAUACGACAACCGCAACCACAGCCACCUCCAGUUGCAGUGGCCCACAUGCCAGAGCCGCCAUUAGUUAGAACUUCUCAAUUACCAACAGGACCUUCGGGUGAGACUCUUAGUCCUGAAGCGAAUAGAGCUACUUUAGUGUUUCAUGGAAAUUUAUUAGAUAUGGCGUCAUCUUGGACUCAGGAUGAAUGGGAAUCUAGACGUAGAUUAGUUCAAUUUUGGAGAAGGCAAGAAGGUCCAAUAGUACAUGCCACAUUUAGACCAAUUACACAAGCUGAAUACAAUCAAGAAUCUGUUGUGAUAAGCUGCAUUUUUAGAGAGGAUAAAAAUGAAUGCUUUGUCACUUCAGUAGAUGCUAUCUAUUUGUUAGAAGCACUCGUUGGUAUAAGGUUUACAGUUGAGGAGAAAAACAGGAUAAGGAGGAAUCUGGAAGGUUUCAAACCAAUUACGGUGUCGAAAUCAAAAUCUGAAUCUGAAGCGUUCUUUAAACUUAUAAUGAGUUUCCCUAAUCCAAAGCCAAGGAAUAUAGAGAAGGAUGUAAAAGUGUUCCCUUGGUCAAUUUUAUCAGAAGCAUUAAAAAAGAUUAUUAGUAAAUACUCAGCUGAUUAUGAUAAUGAGUUGAGUGCUGUACAACAUCAAAUGGAAUCACCAACGUCAAAUCAUUCACAUAAUCACUCAUUUGAACAAAUUUCACCAUCUUCGGCAAGACAAUUUGAUUUCAGCCAAUUUGUUAAACCAGAAGAGGAAGAUGAUGAUAACAACUACAGUCAACCUCCACAUGCUGCUUAUCUGAAUAGUUUAAGAGAAGAACCAACUAGUCCAAGUCAAGCAGCUGCAGCUGCAUCUGCAUCAUCGUGGAUGUAUAAGUGAGCAACAAAAUUAAGCUGGUCUUGAUAGUCAAACUUUUCAGUGACUUAACUUAUUAAUUUAAACUAUAUUUACGCUCUAAUUGCUUUUCUUAUGUCAAUUUUGACAUAAAAGAGAGUAAAAAAUCUAUGUAAAAUUACAGGAA